GAAGAAGAGAGAAGGGGGUCUUCAGGGAGCCAGCCGCAUCGGUCCGUCUCGCACUUGCCUCGCGCUAUCAGCCGGAGACACCGUUAAACCCGCACCGGGACCCGGACUUCACCGAGAGGACCUGCACUCCCCCGUUAGACCCUUUUCCAGGUUGUGACAUCAUCAUGAGUCUGAGUGCCAGUGACAUCGGCGAGCUCAUGGAGCUAUGGGAGGAGCUUAACCUGACGGGCGACGCCCACAACCUGUCCCACGUGGAGACGCUGGUGUGUUCGGGCACCGUCGGCCACGCCGCCUUCCUCCACGUCCUCUCCGUCCUCUACGUCUUCAUCUUCCUGGUGGGGCUCGCCGCCAAUGCCCCGGUGGUCUGGGUCAACCUACGGUCCGGCGGGAACCGCUACGAAACGCACCUGUACGUCCUGAACCUGGCGGUGGCCGACCUGUGCGUCGUGGCCACGCUGCCGGUGUGGGUGACCUCGCUGCUGCAGGGUGGCCGCUGGCCGUUCGGAGACGCCGCCUGCAAACUCACCCACCUGGUCUUCAGCGUCAACCUCUUCAGCAGCAUCUUCUUCCUCGCCUGCAUGAGCGCGGACCGCUAUCUGUCCGUGGCGCGGUUCGCCAAUGCCCCCGACGGCCGCAGGAGGAAGGUGGCGCGCCGGCUGAUCUGCGUCCUGGUGUGGCUGCUGGCUCUGGCAGCCUCCGUCCCCGACACCUACUUCCUGCAGGCGGUGAAGUCGUCGCACCACGACGGCGCCGUGUGCCGGCCGGUGUACCCGGCGGACCGCCCCAGGGAAUGGAUGGUGGGCGUCCAGCUGAGCUUCACCGUGCUCGGCUUCGCCAUCCCGUUCCCCGUCAUCUCCGUCUUCUAUCUCCUCCUGGCGGCGGCGAUCCCCCCCAGCGCAGAUCAGGAGCGCCGCAUCAGUCGGCGGAUCGUCCUCACCUACAUCGCGGUCUUCCUGGUGUGCUGGCUACCGUUCCACGCCGUCCUCCUGCUGGACACGCUGUCGCUGCUCAACGUGCUGCCCUUCAGCUGCCGGCUGGAGAACUUCCUGGACGUGGCGCUGCACCUGACGCAGUGUUUCUCGCUGGUCCACUGCUGCAUCAACCCGGUCCUGUACAACGUCCUGAACAGGAACUACCGCUACGACCUCAUGAAGGCCUUCAUCUUUAAGUACUCCACCAGGACGGGGCUCGCCCGGCUCAUCGACGGCUCACACGCCUCAGAGACGGACUACUCGGUGGUGAACUCUUCUUAAGGAACCACCCAUUGCGUGAGCCGGUGGUUCCUCCCAAGAACCUCCUCAAGGAACCACCACUGGACUCGCAUCCCUCAGGGACUCAGCUGGUGAACUCUGGAACACUACUUAGUACUUAGACCAGGUGGACCACAUCAGCUGCUGGUCCUUGAUGGUCCAACACCUUGAUGGUGUGGGUCGUGGUGGUGGACAAGACUCUCCUGAUGUCAAAGCUUCCCGGGACUUGGGAGUACUUUUUAAAAACCUGGGAACUCUGUUUUGGGGAUAUCGUAGUAUUUACUUCACUUCAUGUAUCCAGCAAAAGUUACUUCAACAUUGAGUAACACUAUCCAGUAAAGACAUCAUAGUAUUAGUAUUAGCACAUUAACUCUGAGCUUGAAACCUGAUCUGUAUCUACUCCAGAGGAAACCACAGAAGAACUCCUUUGUUCUAUCAAACCUGUAAAUAUGAAGUAUUUUAUAUUCUGUGAAUAUAUUU